GCCACGCCCCUCUCCAUGGGGCACCACCCCCCGGCGGAGCCCCGCCCCCGCCGGGAAGGAGGGGGCGGCAGCUCUCCGAGACUACAGGCGUCUCGCGGGAGCCGGUACCAGCCUCUCGGGGGGGGGAAGGUCUGGUCUGCCCUGCCCUGCCCCUCCCCUAAUGGGGUGUUGUGGAAAUCAAGAAUAACAUCACCCCGCUUGGCUUCGUCGGCCAAACCUGCUCUAGAGCCCAGCUUUAAAGCUGGCCACCUUGGGUUUGGGCGUAUAGUCGCAGUUUGCGGUUUCCGCAAGUCGGCCAUCUUGAAUGGGAGGGUGAAGCUUCUCCCGGCAGCCAUCUCUGAGCCGGGCGCUCGUGCCUUUCUCAAAGACUGCCGGAAUAGAGCGCGCUGGUAUCAGCUCUUCUCACGAGGUGGAGGUCCCAAAACAGUUUUUUUCUGGGCACCUCUUAUGAAAUGGGGUUUGGUAUGUGCUGGAAUGGCUGAUAUGACCAGACCAGCAGAAAAGCUCAGCACAGCACAGUCUGCAGUGUUAAUGGCCACAGGCCUUAUUUGGUCAAGGUACUCUCUAGUUAUUAUUCCUAAGAACUGGAGUCUGUUUGCUGUAAACUUCUUUGUUGGCUGUGCUGGUGGUUCUCAACUCUACCGAAUAUGGAGGUAUAAUCAAGAGCUAAAAGCAAAACAAGAUUAGCUGCAACAAAGAGAUGCUUAACCCACAGGUCAAAUCCAGCAACACACAAACCCUUCCCCAUGGGACCUAGCUUCACUAAUUUUAAUGUUUUUUGAGAAUGAAAGAAGAAAUUGAAAUGUUUAGAGAGCAAGUGUUUUCUAAGUACAAAUAACAAAGUAUCUCUGUAAACUUAAAUAAAGUGCAACCUUUUAAACUGAA